AUGUCACAGCCUAAUUAUGACUAUGCGCGCCGGCCGUCGCAAGCCGAAAAUCAAACUAUCCAGAAAUCCGAAAUCCCCCUAAAGGAGCGAUUCUUCCGCUACUUCCAACAUGAAAUCACUGCUCUCCAGGAACAAAUGGACCGUCUUGCGGAUACCUCUCUAGUUGGAGGGGAGCGCGCCGAUGCCACCGAUCACUGUUUAGCUGGAAUCGCACGGCUAUCCAAUGAGGUCAAAGACGCAGCUAGUUACAUCCCAACAUAUGACCAGCGGGUAUAUGCCGAAGCUAUCAAGGCACUCCAGGACAAGCUGGCGGAGACGCGAGCGGCGGUAGAGCCCCGGCCUAAAUUCAGCUUCAAGACAAAGAAAAAUGCCUCGGCCGUCUCGCUAUCUGAUGCAGCCCAACUAGCUGUAGAACGUCGGCGUCGUGUUCCAGGAUAUCUAUCGCCAGGUACAUCUUCUGUCAGUUCGUCUGAAGGUCAAACACCGAACUAUCCCUCUACACCAUUGAAUGAGCCCGACCAAGUCCUCCGACCCCGGGCUGAAUUUGCCCCAACUUCCAUUCCCACAAUUUCGGUAGACAACGACGAGAAGCCAUCGAGGGAGGAAGACAAAAGUUCCGCAUUUGCUACGACGUCGGUAUCAUCCGUGUCGGUGAACAACCACUUUGGUCUUCAUAUUAUGCUGCCAGCAUCGGGUUCCACUGCCUCCGUACCAGCCUCCAUUACCUCUCUUCGCCGUUGUGUGGUGGACAUGUCGAUCCCAACGGCCAAUGGCAAACCCUACGCCAGUUUGACAGUCAAGGGCAUCAAGGAGAGCCUCUUAAUCUGUGGCCAAAUCAACGGACCGGCUCAUAUCACAGGGACAGAACAUAGCAUCAUCGUCGUCACUUGCCAUCAAUUCCGCAUGCACAAUUGCUCCGAUGUGGAUGUCUAUCUCAGCUCAUCCAGCAACCCAGUUAUCGAAGGCUGCACCAAUGUCCGGUUUGGCAGAAUCCCGAAAGCUUACGCCUUGGACCACGACCGCCCAGACGCCGAAGACUGCUGGAGCCAAGUUGAAGAUUUCAAGUGGAUCAAGCCUGAGCCUAGUCCGCAUUGGAGCUUGUUAAGUGCCGAUGAGGCUGUCCCGGAGGAAGUAUGGGCAGAGAUCGUUCCCGGUGGACCGGGCUGGUCCCUGGAUGAUAUUCUACGUGCCACCAAUAUACCAUAG